GACGGUCUUGACCCGCUCGCAGCGCCGGGUGGUUGCCUCCUUUGUCCAGUCCGUUCACAAGGAGGGCUACGCGCCGCAGUCUGGCGAGAUUUUCGGCAUCCUGGAGCAGAUGAAGGAAACGUUCGAGAAGGAUCUUUCGGAGACCCAGAAGUCGGAGACAGAGAACCAGAAGGCCUACGAGGCCCUCAAGGCCGCAAAGCUGGAGCAGAUUGCCGCGGGCCAGGCUCAGGUCGACAAGAAAACACAGGAGCUCGCUGACACUGACGAGCGGUUGGCCCACUCGAAGCAAGACAUCGGGGACACGAAAAACUCUUUGAGCGCUGACGAGAAGUUCUUGAUGGACCUCAAAGAGAGGUGCAAAAUGACGGACUCCGAGUGGGAGACACGCCAGAAGACACGCGCCCUGGAGAUGGAGGCUGUCUCCAAGGCGCUGGCGGCUCUCAGCUCCGACGAGGUGCACAACCUCUUCACUAGGACGUUCAACCCGUCGCUGGCGCAGGCGCGCGUCAGGACGCGGUCCUCCCGCCGCGAGCAGGCCUCGCUGGUGCUGUCCCGCGCUGCAGCCAGGCUGCACAGCCCUCGCCUGUCCACCCUGGCGACCCGCGUGAAGCUCGACGCGUUCGAGCGCGUGAAGAAGGCAAUCGACGACAUGGUGUCCGCUCUUCUCGAAGAAAAGGCCGCCGAGAUCAAGCACAAGGCGUUCUGCGUGAAGGAGUUGGACGAGAACCAGAUGCAGACGGAGAAGAAGGUGCGCGAGAAGCAGGAGCUCGUGGCGCUCAUAGAAACUCUCGAGAGCACCAUCAAGGAUCUCUCCGACGCCAUCGACGCGCUCAAGGCGGAUAUCGCAGAGACGACCACGCAGAUCAAGCACGCUGGCGAGGACCGCGAGAAGGAAAACAUGGAGUUUCAGACUACCCUCGCCGACCAGCGCGAGACUCAGAAGGUGCUGAAGGCGGCGCUGGCCGCCCUCGGGGAGUUCUACGGCCCCAAGGAGGCACUGCUCCAAAGGCAGCAGCAGGGCCCCGCCCCGCCGCCGGGCUUCGGCGAGUACAAGAAGAGCGCCGCCAGCGCAGGCGUUAUGGACCUGAUACAGUCGAUCAUCACGGACGCCAAGGCGAUGGAGGCCGAGACCACGCGCGACGAGGAGGACGCCCAGAAGGCAUACGAGGACUUCGUCAAGACGAGCAACGACUCGAUCGAGGCGAAGAAGCGGGAGAUCACAUCCAAGACCGCCGAGAAGGCGAAGGCCGAGGCAGACUUGGUUGAGGCCAAGGACAGCAGGAACAAGGUCGUUCUCGAGCUGGAGCAGCUGUCGAACAUGAAUGCGCAGCUGCACUCGAGCUGCGACUUCAUCUUGAAGAACUUCGAUCUGCGGCAGACCGCCCGGGACGAGGAGGUCCAGGCCCUGAGGCAGGCGAAGGAUAUCCUCUCGGGAGCGAAGUUCGAGGAGCUCCUGCAGACCUCGUGA